AUGCACAGCCCAGGGAAUGGAGAGCUUUUGAUUGAGACAAUUUUCUCAGGUGCAAACCCAGCAGACGUUAAACAUGCCAAAUUUCUGGGAAUCUACCCUGCAUGUCUUGGGUAUGAUUUCUGCGGGAAAGUCCUCCAGGCAUCCGCUAGUUCAACUUUCAAAGUUGGAGAAACUGUAGCUGGCUACACCCCGACAGGGUUAGACCGACCACUUAAGUAUGGGACACACCAAACCUACAUGGUUUCUCCUGAGUGGAUGACUUUCUUGGUUCCUUCAAGUCUCCCGCUAGAGCAUGCCGCCUGUCUACCCGUGGUGGCUAUGACUGCAGCUGAUGCAUUAUACAAUUUUUUCAAGUUCCCACUACCUCAAAACGCAUCAGACGAACCACCUCGAAAUCAGAAAGCCAUCAACUCACUUAUUAUCUGGGGAGCUUCUAGCAGCGUCGGGAUAUGUGCUCUGCAAUUUGCUCGGGCUAGUGGGAUUUUUCCUAUUUUUGUCACGGCCUCGCCACAGAGGCAUUCAGUUCUAUCCAAAUUGGGUGCAACCCACUGCUUUGACUACAAAUCGCCUACCGUGAUAUCAGAUAUCAAGGCCACGUUGAAGCACUAUCAGAGUGACGGAAUGUCUUAUGGCUUUGAUACUGUGGGAGGUUCUGCGCAACAAGUAGCAUCAUGUGCUUCGCAAGAUGGGAUACUGGUGUCAGUGGUUCACGAACAGGACUCUAGAUUCCUGAUGCCUUUUGCGACUACGGCGGAGGAUGUUACACUUAAAUUGCCCAGUGUUCCACACCCGGUUACGAUUCCAGCUCGGCCAGAUGACCACCGGCGCUCAUGGAGUGUGCUUCAGUGGGCUGUUCAAAAUUACGGAACUCGCUUUCACUUGGAAGUAGUGGAUAUUUUUGCGGGUAAGGCUGAAGAUGCACUUGAAGAGCUACAAAGAUUAGGAAGCCAUGGCCGAGGUUUCGGGAAGUUGGCCCUGAAACAUCCGCUGCAGUGA